AUCUACCCAGCCGCAAACCUGAAGUUCAUCGUUAUUAUUUUGGCCGCCGGGAUGGUGGCCUUCGUCGGUGCGGUUAUCUGCAUCAUCGCCGCCGUCCACACCGGAUCCUCCAGGGCUCCCGCGGCUCAGCAGAGACCGCCAGCCGACAACCACUCUCUGUAUCCGGAUGCGCAUCAGAGCCGCGGCGCGUCGGGCUCCGUGGCUCGGCCCGGAUCUCUGGGAGCUCUCCAUGGUUCUGAAACACCCGAUUCAGAAUCACCCACUUUCAAUGUUGGUCUCGGAGGGCUGGACGGGGUCAGUGGACUCACCGGGCAUGACCCCACGGUGAGUCGACUCAUCUGCACACCGAUACCAGCUGGAGAGUGCAACCCGAAAAACUUUCAGCAACAAGCGGAUGAUCCGUCGCUGUACGCCGGGGAAGACUUGGGGUAUCUCCGGACCACCGCCGAGGAGCUCCGGCAGACCGUGCUGCAGCAGAAGGACCAGAUACUGACGGACCAGAGGACCAUCCAGGAGCUCACGGGGAAACUAACCGAGUGUGAGAAGGGGUUGGAUGGCAAGAGCAUCGCGGAGAGACGAGGCAGCGCUGCGGGGCUGUGGGGGGGCAGAGGCACCGCGGAGGAGACUCACCUGGAGCGGGUCAUGGUGCGGGACAGCCCGGGAUCAACACCUGAGAGCGGCCACCUGCUCACCGUGAGGGCUGUGGAUGAGCUGGAGCAGGCGAUCACCCAGCUCAAAGACCGCAUAGAGAAACUGGAGGCAGACGUUGGCCCGUUUACUCACAACCAGACGGACAGCAGCACCUCAGGAGCGCCAGGAGAAGGCGUGACGACUGGCGGCCAGGAAAGGUUGGCUGAUCCGGGGCAGAGAGCUGGCGCUGAGAGGCCCUGCAGGGUGGAAGACCUGGAGGGGGAACUGGAGAAAAAGGUGGAGCUGCUGGAGAAAGAGAGAAAAAGCCUGAGGCUGGAAACUGAGAAGCACAAGGAAGAAAUCGACCACGGCAUUAAUAAACUCCACCACCGACUCUCAGGACUGGAGGGAGGUGUCUCAGGGCAUUCUUUCCCAGAGGGCUACAGGCUGUCCUUUCCAACUCGGACAAACUACAUGUACGCUGUUGUGAAACACGCCAUCCCGGCGCUGCGGGCGUUAACCGUGUGCCUGUGGCUGCGGCCCGCGGAGAGGGGGAUCGGGACGCCUCUGUCUUACGCUGUUUCCAAACAACCCAACGAACUGGUGCUGAUGCAAGGCCUGCACACCCCCGCUGAGCUGCUCAUCAAUGAUAAGGUGGCGCAGUUGCCUCUUAACCUGUCUAAAGGCAGCUGGCAGCACAUCUGUGUGACAUGGAACCAGAAGGGAGGAGCCUGGCAGGCCUACCAGGGGGGAAAGCUGAGGGGCGAGGGUCGCGGAGUGGCCGCCGGACAUCACGUCAGACCUGGAGGAGUGCUCAUACUCGGGCAAGAGCAAGAUUCCCUAGGUGGAAGUUUUGACUCAUCCCAGGCCCUGGUGGGCGAGUUAUCCCAGGUGGGUAUUUGGGACCGGGUGCUGUCUUCCAAACAGGUGGCUAGCUUGGCCCGCUGUGGCAAAGUAACCCAGGGCAGCGUGGCCCCCUGGACCGAGAGCGGAGUGGAGGUUAACGGUGGAGCAACGAAGGACCCUGGGGAGCCUUGUAGUAAACACAACAGGAAUUCUCAAUGACCAAUGGGGGAAGGGGAAGAGAAGGGAGGGGUAGAGUUGUAGUCCUUUCAAGAAUGGGGGGAUUUUUUAAACAACUCUAUGUGGCAUGGACUGACAAGUAAAUCAAAAAUGUAAAGUGAGGCGUUGCAGUUACUUUACCACACUUCUAGCAACCACAUACAGUACAAUCAUUGAGGUCCACUGGAAAAUUGUGCAAUACGAGAUGACGAGAUUUGUCAUAAAUAUAGCUGUAUUUUUGGUAGGACAAUUCACAGUAAUUUCCAAGUUCAAAAAUUAUAUAUUGUUAUAGAUCUGUCUCCAGAUUCAGGCGACACUAAACUAUUUGCUCAUUGGUCUUAGCUCAUCUAAAAGUUGUUAGCAAACCAGCUAGCAGACAAAGCAGCAGGCAACGAAUGUUAAUGGUAAUAUGUGAAUACUAGCAAACAAUUCAGCCUUCUGUUAGCUAUUAAUCAGUGAUUAAUGUACAGGCAAUGACAGAGUGAAUGUUAGCCUACCAAUAAUAGUAUGCUAGCUAGCUAAAAAAAACGGUAAUUUUCUCAACUUUAAAGGAAAUGUUAAGCAUUUUGUUCAGCUAGCGGACAAAUCAGUUAGCAACCAAUGUGAAUGUUAAGAUUUGAAUGCUAGCAAACAAUUGAACCUUCUGCUAGCUAGUAAUUAUCGACUUAUGUGUAAUGACAAAGUGAUAGGUUAGUUUACCAAAACUAGCAUGUUAGCUAGCCAUAAGUGGGUCAAAAAUGACCCGUAUGCAUUUUCUAUGGAAUUUCGUUUUUUUCCAAAAUGUAAAAAAAUGUCUAAAAUUAUAAAUAGUGAAAGAUUAAAUAUAAAAUAUUUCUAGUGUGAACCAAAAUAUAAUACUAAAUAUUAUACAAGUGAUUUUACUUAACCAAAAUGACAAAAAUGGCAUAAAAACACAUAUUAUUCUAAUACGGGUCCUUUUUGACCCACUUAUGGAAGAGUGUAGGGUCCAGUCACUCGUGCAUCUAAGGGUUAACAGCUGGUGCUAGCUUCAUACUUAGCGUAACUAUAUGUGAGUAUCAAACUUCUUAUCAAACCUUCAGCAAGAUUGUAAACGAGAGUUAUUCCCAAAAUGUUUAGUGAUGAUUAGAUUAGUAGAGAUGUUGUCAUCUGUGCAUAAAUUACCACUCUUUAUUAAUUCUAACGGCCUAAACUGGAUGAAAUUGAAUUUGUAUUUCACAGUUGUUGUAAGAGCUGCUGACCUCCACUAUGGCUGCUAGAAGUUGUGUAAAGCUGAAUCCCUCCACGAGUGCAGCAAGGUCGUGUUUGAGUAAAUUAAGGGCUGCGACAGAUUUAGAGAUGGGAGUGGUAAGGUGAUGAAAGCAUUGGAGAAUGUUAAGUACCUGAUGAUGAAAAAGAAAGGAAAGAGGAAGAGAUAGAUCUGACACUUUUAAGGAGUGAUGUUACAUUGUUUUCACCUCUGCAUGAUGUAUUCAUAUAAUGUCUUGCCACUGCACUGUGCAGCUCACAAGUUUCACAAAAUAAUACAGUGCCUCCUGCAUCCAUUGCUGGUGGGUGGCUGUCUUUGUGUUUUCUAUAAAGGCCUGAAGCCAAAUCAAAAACAAAAAAGGUCUUAUUCCCUAAGGAAAUCAAUACCACUAGCUGAAUGCUAUUAUUUUCUGGGGGCACUACACAUACUUUUGACACGCUUUUGCCCCAUUUAUGUCAUUCUUACAACCUCUUGAAGCACACUCUUUGUUAUUUUAAGGGGACAUUUUUAGGUUCAUACUUGUAUUUUCGGUUUCCAGUAGAUCAUAUUUACUUGCUUUAAAGAUUUUUCAUACUGUCUUGAUGAUGGGCUUGCAAGAAAAAUAUAGCCCACCUUUCCAUCGCCAGUUCUCAAGCUGUGUGAUGAGAUACUCAGAUGGAGGGUGGUAUAUGUUAAUGAGCCCGCAUGUGACAUAGGAAGAGGGGACACAUGUUAAUGGUUUGUUUAACGACAUCACAUUUUAUGACCUGUAUAAAGAUCUGACUGUGAUGUCCUGUAUCACUUGGUCAGCAUUCCAGAUACACAAAUGUAUGUAAACAAGCACUUAAAGAGAUGAUAUGUUUUCAUGGUCUUGAAUGCAACCUUGAAACAUACAUAACAUACCUAUAUUAUUUUGAAAUUGGCGUAAUGCAACGUCAACAUUUACAUUUUUUUUUUUUUAAUGGACUGAUUUAUUUUUGCAAUAAUAUACAUGCAACCUCUCAAUAAUGUAGUUUGAUUCGCAGCCUCUAACUCUAACAUUCCUACAUUCAUGCACGUGCAAAAGUGGCGCUUCAGAGAGGUAAGUGGAGAGUCACAGUUUGAUAUAUUGGGCCACUGACCAAGAGAGAAAACACCCUGUGGGAGAUGAAGUUAUAAACAGAUUGUUCAUUUCACACUUUCUCAAACACUGGCUCUCCUUAGCAUAAAAUAAUCCUUAGUGGAAAGUGCCUGUCAGGGUGUUUGUACCCAUGUAAAAAAGAAAAAACAUCUCAUUUAUUAUUCCGUCGGAUAAUUUUCGCUGCGAGGUGAACUUGAGCUAAUUAAGCAUCAGUAUUUCUGUGAAUCCCCUGGUGGACUUUUAAGAGUUUUUGAUGAAACAUUUGAAAACUCAGGACUUAAGUGCGGUGCCGUUGCUUAAUCAGGUCAAAAAUCAUCUCGCUGUGCCUAACAGUGUCUUUGAAGAGUCCUCUCAGUCUGCAGUGUUAUUAAUAUUAUUAUGCCUGGUGUCUGUUCAGCUCCUGUAAGAGCUUCCUUUUUGGGCUUUUUGAUAGUGGUGUGAAAUUACUCUGUUGGAAUUGAAAGCUUUUUAACUCAAAGAAGUAUCGGCAAUGUUUUCUUACAUGACACAUUUGUUUUUCACUGUUUGCAUUGGUGUAUUCUCAUGUUGUUGUUUGUAUAAAUACUGUAUGUCCAUGACUUGUACGGUGUUGUAUUGUUCUGCAUAUGUGCUGUGUACAAACCUCAAAUCUUUAUUAAAGUCUUAAUUUUCAGAUGUAAAGA